GUGCCCGCUCUGCUGCGCCGUGCGUGCGCACUUCUACCCUGGUUGGGGCGCUCGGGGCUCGCGGCUGCACCAUGGACAUUAACCAGCCCAAGCAGGAGCACCUGCUGGCCCUGAAAGUGAUGAGGUUAACAAAGCCUACCUUAUUCACUAAUAUUCCAGUGACUUGUGAAGAAAGAGAUUUGCCAGGUAAUCUAUUUCACCAGCUCAUGAAAGAUGAUCCUUCUACUGUAAAAGGAGCAGAAGCUUUGAUGCUAGGAGAAAUGCUGACUUUGCCUCAAAAUUUUGGAAAUAUAUUUCUGGGAGAAACAUUUUCCAGUUACAUUAGUGUACAUAAUGAUAGUAAUCAAGUUGUCAAGGACAUACUGGUGAAGGCUGAUCUUCAGACAAGUUCUCAGCGCUUGAACCUGUCAGCUUCUACUGCUGCAGUGGCAGAACUUAAACCUGACUGCUGUAUUGAUGAUGUGAUUCAUCAUGAAGUGAAGGAAAUAGGAACGCACAUCUUAGUUUGUGCAGUAAGUUAUACUACGCAAACAGGAGAGAAGAUGUACUUCAGAAAGUUCUUCAAAUUUCAGGUACUCAAACCACUAGAUGUGAAAACCAAAUUCUACAAUGCAGAGAGUGACCUCAGUUCUGUGACAGACGAAGUGUUUCUGGAAGCUCAGAUUCAGAAUAUCACUACCUCUCCAAUGUUUAUGGAGAAGGUUUCUUUAGAGCCAUCCAUCAUGUACAACGUUGCAGAACUGAACACAGUUGACUCAGCACGGGAGAGUGAGUCAACUUUUGGCUCAAGAACUUAUUUACAACCUAUGGACACACGUCAGUAUUUAUACUGCCUGAAACCAAAGCAGGAAUUUGCAGAGAAAGCUGGAGUAAUAAAAGGUGUCACUGUGAUUGGUAAACUAGAUAUCGUAUGGAAAACAAAUCUAGGUGAGCGAGGAAGAUUGCAAACCAGCCAGCUUCAAAGAAUGGCUCCUGGUUAUGGUGAUGUAAGGCUUUCUCUGGAGACAAUACCAGACACCGUGAAUUUGGAAGAGCCUUUUGAUAUUACAUGUAAAAUAACAAAUUGCAGCAGUGAAAGGACUAUGGAUCUGGUUUUAGAAAUGUGCAAUACUAAUUCCAUCCACUGGUGUGGAGUUUCAGGAAGACAACUUGGAAAAUUACACCCAAGUUCCUCUCUCCGUCUUGCACUUACGUUAUUGUCUUCAGUGCAGGGAUUGCAAAGUGUCUCUGGCUUAAGGCUUACUGACACAUUUUUGAAGAGAACAUAUGAAUAUGAUGAUAUUGCACAAGUCUGUGUUGUUUCUUCAAAAGUCAAACAAGAAAGCUGAAGAAAAGUUUUAUUUCUGCUGUUUGUUUUUUGGACCAACUUCUUGUGUUUUUGCAGUUGAAUCAUAUUGUGUGAAGAGAAGAAAAACCCCGAUAUACCCGUAAGCACAAGUUGCUUAUUUAAUUUCUCUCAGCAUCUUUCUGAAUGUUUUAAUAUCUCCUGAAAAGAUGCAUAUGCAUCUUAAUGAAAAUAAAGCCUUUGAAAAAAGCGUA